GCGGCACCAGCCAGUUGCAUCAAUCCCCAGCGCACGCCUCAACUCUGUCACGGCUGGACUUGCAUGCGCCACGUCGUUACCUCGUAGGCCCUCUACCACGUUCUUGUCGCGCCAUUAGCAACGCUGCGCUACUAGCAACGCUGCGCUAUUACCGGCGCCGUGCAAUCGGCACGGGUGGCAACGCCGCGGUCGCCAGCCAUGUGGAGGGCGGCAGGAGGAGCGCCUGGCUCCCGGGGGCGGGGGGAUUCCCUUCCCGCUGCACCUUCCCGGGGCCAGGGGCGCGCGGAAGCAGAUGGCGUAGCAGACGCGGAUGGCGGGGAAGUUCAGCGUUACGGGCAGGCGGAACGCGGCGGAUGGCAGGAGGCUAGUGGCGGGGCUUAUGGCGCACCGAGUGGCGGGCAAACGUACGGCGACGAGGCCUACGGCGGAACUGGCGGAGGGAGGCAUGGCGGAGGGGGCGGGUUUCCGCCUGCGGAGAUGUACGGAUGGGGAUACGGGGGAGGGGGAGCUGGCGGGUACCGGGGCGGGGAAGAUGGGGGGGGGUAUGGCGGAGGGUAUGGGGAAAGCUACGAGGGAGGAUGCGGAGGUUACAUGGAGGGAGGGGGUGGGCAUGGUGGAACGAUGGGGGCGGGCGGCGGAUUGAUGGGCGAGGAAUGGGGAUAUGCGGAAGGGAGUGGAUGGGGAGCGCGGGAGGGAGGCGGAGCUCAUGAGGGUAUGGCGGGGGACGGUGGGGAAGGCCUGGGGGGCGCUCUGCGCCGACGAGGGGAUGGGAGGAGGCAGCAGGCGCAAGGAGAAGGAGGAGAGGAGGAGGAGACGAAGGGAACGAUCGGGGGAGGUUGGUGGCGGCUGCUUGGGGGAAGGAAGGGCGGGGGUUAUGGCGGGGUGGUCAGAGGAGCAGAUGGAGCGGGUGCGAGAGGCAUGGUGCAGCGCACUGCGUGUGCUGGCCCUGCUGCUCCUGCUCAUGCUGCUGCCGAAUUUUCUCCUGCUGCUGCUUCCGGGGAGGGGGGCGAGCUGGCAAUGGGGCCAAAGUGGGGGGAUGCAGGAGUGGGAGAUGGGGGCACGGUAGGGGCUGGCGCAGGGAGGGAGGGGAGUGCGGGCAGUGGUGAGGCAGCAGGGGUGGCAGCAGCAGGGGCGAGGGCGGCGGUGGUGGACACGGCGGUGCUGGAGCGCGCGGGCAUCAUGACGAGCGGGCUGACCACGGCGGGGUUCAAGGCGCGCAGGAAGGGGCGCCCGCUGGUGCACGGGCGCGAGGGCGGGUACGAUGACGAGGGAUGGAGCCCCGGGCCCGACAGCAGUAGGGUCGUGGGGUGGGGGACUGACGAGCGCGCGAGUGUUACGGGAGGGGAAGGGGGGAGUGCGGAGGGAGAGGAAGUGGAGAGAGUGGAAGGAGCGGAGGGAGAGGCAGGGGAUGAAGGGAGCGCGGACGCAGGGGAGGGGGGGAGUGGGGGCUCGGCAGCAGGAGGGGACGAGGAGGGCAGCAGAGGGGGGAGCGAUGGUGAGGCAGAGGAGGAGACGAGGGAGGGCGAGAGGCAUGAGGAGUCAGCGCAGGAGUGGGGCCCUGCAGCCUCACCAGGCGAGUGGGGACAGUACCCCUCUCACGUGCCUCACUACCAGUACCCCGGGAACCACCACCACCCCGGUGGGCAGUAUGCGCGCCAGCAGCCGCAGCCGCAGCACGCGCAGCAGCAGUGGGGGCAGCAGUACCCCAGCGACCAGCGCCAUGCGCAGGGAGGCCACCCCUCGCCUGCUGCUCACUGCUCAUACCCGCACGACCAGUGGCAGCAGCACGGCCCACACUCGUAUGGCGGCUACAGGGCUUAUCCUGGCGAGGACGGCCCUCUCCCUGCUACGGCCGGUUCUGCUGCUGCCGCUGCCCCCACCCCUGUGUCGCACAGCCCCCUGACAGGCAGUCCUGGCGCCCCCCCCCAUGCACUCCACGCCCCUGCCAGCCAAGGGGCUGGCGCAGGGGGGUGGCGAUGGGAAGGGCCAGGGGCAGGAGAGGGUCUGUGGGGAGCCGUGCCGGCAGGGCAGCAGGGCCGGCUCGCCAGGACUAGGGGGAGGAGGAGCGGGGAAGAGGCUGCGGGGGGCGAAGGCAUGGCGGUGGGCGGUGCAGUGGCACGUGUGGCGGCUGCAGCAGAGGCGCCAACUGUUGCAGGGCGGGCUGGCGGCGCUGGCGCUGCUGCUGCUGGCAGGGGCGCUCGCCUCACUCGCUGUUGGGGGAGAGGGGCGGGAGGAGGGAGGGGCGAGCGAGGGAAGGGUUUACCUCGAGUGGCACUGGGGGGGGCGAGUGUGACGGGGCGGCGGGGAACGGACGUGUAUGAGGCAAUGAGCAAGGGGGAGACGAUGGGCGAGUGGGACAAGGGCCUGGGGCUGCAGGUGGACGUGGGUGCGCUGGGCCGGCACCCGCACAGCACGAAUGUCAGCAGCGACGGGGGCCAGGUGGUGCUCAAGCGCCGGUCAAGGGAGGGCAGCACGGGUUGGGGGCGGGCACGGGAGCGCUACGUGUCGGUGGUGGUGGCGCACGCCAUGCAGACAUGGCCGCGCAUCGACUUCUCCCUCGCCGACGCCUUCCAGUGGCUGGAGUUGGCGCGCUACAGCGGCAUGUCGCACGUGUUUUGGUACGACAUGUCUGACGACCCCCGGGAUAGCAUGGAGGCGGCCUUAAAGCCCUACGAGCGCGAUGGCUUCGUCACCUACCACCACUUCCCCUCGCUCGCUCCCUCCCUGCCCGCCCCCCACCUCGCCAGCCCCCGCGAUCAGGCGCUGCACCACUGCCUCACGGAGCACGGCGCCACCACCGUGUGGCUGCUGCCGCUCACCCCAGUGGACUACCCCUCCGUGCCGUCCGACAUCAAGCCGGGCUUCGCUGACCGCUUCCUGCGUGCCUACGAGGCGCGCCACCCCUCCGCCGCCCAGCUGCUGCUGCAGACGUUCCUGUUCCUGGGGGCUCCACAGAACGCCUCCUCGCCCCUUAUCCAGCGCUACCAGCGCCGCACCAACCAGUCAGACGGCGUUUCGCUGCACCCACAGGCUCGGGUUGUGCCGGUGGUUCGGCCGGACCUGGUGGCCCGGGUGCUGUGGCGCAAUCCGAGCCACCUGCUCAUGACACGUGGCAGCACUAUGGCGUUGCCAGCUGGCGCCAUGCGGGUGAACCGAUUCGCGAGUGCACUGCAGCAGAUGCCAGGCACAGAGCCUUCCACCGACAUGGUUCUGGACGCGUCGCUGCAGCCACUGGUGCCGGAGCUGGCGAUGAUGGUGGAGAGGAGCAAGCAGGCCAGCAGAAUCAAACUCCCCGGUGCUGCUGCACGCAGCACUCUUGGUGGCUUUGGUUGGUUCAGAAGCUGAGCGAGCAGUAGGGACAAGCAUGAAAAACGCUGAAAUAUGAAGCAUGGUUUAUUUUAUUUUCAAUGGAAAUCCGAUUGUUUCCAGACUGCUGUUCGUAAAACCUUAGGCACUGCAACUGUCAUUAGGGCCCCACCUCUGCAAUUGUACCCUCAAGCAGCAAUGUUUGUUCACAAACGAAUCCAUGCCUUGGGCACCUUCAACUUUAGUUUUCCACGUUGGACAGUGUAAUCCGUUUCCUUUUAUAAAGCCCAGAUCCCAAG